AGCCACCACAAAUCAAAUAUGCAAAAUGCAAAUGAAUUGCGCCACCAGUUAUUAUUACUAUUAUUAUUGCAAAAGAAAAUUUGUUAAUUAUUAUUUUCCCGAGAAAGUUUUCAUGGCUGCGUUCUUUAAUCCCGUUUUCUGCGAUCGUCCGUUUCUUGGAUGAGAAUUUUCUCGGGAAAAUCUCGAAAGAAGAAUCAUGCUGUCCCAAUCAGAUUCCACUGCUGCUGUUACGGCUACUACAGAUGCGAAUCCAUCGUUCCCGGACGGCGAUCCGAAGCCGCCGCCGCCGCCUCCUUCUUCCUCCGAUGAGGACUUUUUCUCGUCGGUCUCUUUCUCGUCGUCUUCCUCCUCCGACGACAACCAGAUUCAGAACCGGACGCCGUCUGAUCAGCCGCAAAUCCCCGUCUCGUGGCCCUCCGAUGGCUCCCCGACGCGAGAUUGGGUCCUGAGCUUAAUGGACGCGUUCGAUUGGGGUUCACGGAAUCUGCCGCCUUCCGAGUUUCCGUCAGUUUUGCCCGUCCAGGUGUUCGAUAGUCUGGUGCUUUCUGCGUCGAAGAUCCUUCACAAGGAGCCGAAUUGCGUAAGGAUCGACGGCGGAGAUGGCUCAAACGUCGUGGUUGUAGGUGACGUUCACGGGCAAUUGCAUGAUGUGAUUUUCCUGCUGCGGCAGGCGGGUUUACCGGCCGAUGACCGGUUCUUUGUGUUCAACGGCGAUUAUGUGGAUAGAGGGGCUUGGGGUCUCGAGACCUUCCUUCUCUUGUUGGCUUGGAAGGUUUUUAUGCCACAGAGGGUAUAUCUUCUUCGUGGAAAUCAUGAAUCAAAAUACUGCACUUCAGUUUAUGGGUUUGAAAAAGAAGUCUUAACCAAGUAUGGAGAUAGAGGAAAGCACGUCUAUCGGAAAUGCCUAGGAUGUUUUGAAGGACUCCCUUUGGCUUCCAUUAUAGCUGGGUGCGUUUAUACUGCACAUGGAGGGCUUUUCCGGAGCAUAGCCACUGUAACCCCAAAAAGACCUAAAGGGAAGAAGAAUAGGAAAAUUGUUCUCAACCCUGAAGCGCAUUCCCUAUCUCUUGGUUCGCUGGAUGAGUUAUCUAAAGCAAGGAGAUCUGUCCUCGAUCCUCCAUGGGAAGGCCAAAACUUGAUUCCCGGUGAUGUUCUGUGGUCAGACCCAUCAAUGACCCCUGGUCUUUCUCCAAAUAAAGAAAGAGGAAUUGGUCUUUUAUGGGGCCCUGAUUGUACUGAGGAGUUCUUAAGAAAGUUCUGUUUAAAGUUAAUUAUCAGAUCACAUGAAGGUCCUGAUGCAAGGGAAAAGCGGUCUGGUCUGGCUGGAAUGGAUGAAGGAUACACAAUAGAUCAUGUUGUAGGGUCUGGGAAACUGAUUACUCUGUUCAGUGCUCCAGAUUAUCCACAGUUCCAGGCGACAGAAGAGAGAUUUAAAAAUAAAGGGGCAUACAUUGUUCUAGAGCCCCCUCAUUUUGACUCUCCAGUGUUCCAUAGUUUUGAAGCAGUUUGUCCAAGACCAAAGGCAAAUCCCUAUUACGACUUUGAAGAUGUCCUUGACUCUGAUGAAGAAUUGGACUUGGCCUGUAUGGUAUCAUCUUAGAGGUCAUGACCCGGUGGACUCUGACAAUUAUAAUUGGCUUCAGAGACAUGGUAGCGGUUGAAUAACAGUAUUCGGCCUUCCCACAGGAAGUGUAGGGGGGAGGCUGCCAAUCUGCUGCUGUUGUAGACCUUUUUGUAAGCAAGAACCUGGUACUCUGGGUACGACCUCUAUCUAUGGCGUCAUCUUUCUUCUGGAAGGAAGGAUUAAACACCCUUGAUUAUCUAAUUUUUUUUUAAGUACAUCACUUGAUCCCUUUUUGUAUUGGGGUAAUUUUAAUGCUGGAAGAGCAUUUACAUAUCCCCUAAAUCCUUUAUGGCCAGUUCAACUCUGGGAGUGCAUGCACUUAGCUUUCACACACUUGUUGGGUAGAGAGCUAUUUCUGUAACAUCUAUAUUGCUUGAAUCUAUUGUAGGUAGUUUCGUUUGUUUGUGUGCAUCAUCA